ACUGCAGUAGCAGACUGGGGUGGUUGCAGAGGCUCUAUGGGUGAUAGCAGUUGUUGGCUUUAAACUGAGAUACCCUGUUCUAAUAAUAUAUACUUGUAUGCUGCCCAACUCUCAACAACUCAGGGCAGCUUACAACAAUCAAACGAAAUUACAUUAUUAAACAAAUUAUAAUAAUUUCUAGAUACCUGGUGGCUGUACCUUUGUAAAUUAGUCGUUGUAGUGCCAAUGAAACAUUGCUUAGUUGAUAUAUUUUCUGACUUCUAGGUUCCAGUUAAGUAGCUGAAGAAAUACCUGGAAUUAUGGAUCAUGCCAGGAGAGCAAUAUUUAACGUGUUUGGAGGAGAGCCCCUCUCCUACACUCGCUUCAGUUUGGCUCGACAGCCAGAUGGUGACAGCAGCCACGUGGAAAUGAAACUGUCGGCUGAAGAAGAAGGAGGUGAAAAUGGAAUGAUAGAUCAUCUUCAGCCCCAGGAAGUCAGACCGCGAAAGAGUCGGCACCUCUGGUGUGUGUGUGCAGGGGCGGCCCUGCUUCUUCUAAUAGGAUUUUUGUUUGGCUACAUAAGUUUCCGUGCACGGAUGCAGCCAGUGGCGACGUGUAACAAUGGUGCUGGAUCAUCAAGCGAUGGGGCGUCCUAUUCAUCUUCAUCUGACUACACUGAAACAGAUGUACCAUCAGAGCCUGUGCUGUAUUGGGGUGACCUUAAAAGGAAAUUGAACGAGAAGCUAAGCAGUGCAACUUUCCAAGACACAAUCCGGAGAGUCUCCUCCAGCAGCCACGAGGCUGGCAGUACAGAGGAUGAAAUGCUGGCCGAUUAUAUUCACCAACAGUUUGACAGAUACAAGCUGGACAAGGUCUGGAGCGACGAGCACUAUGUCCGUCUCCAAGCCAAAGGCAGUUCUUCAAAUGUAGUUUCUUUGGACGACCCUGGAAAAACUGUUCUGGAGACGCCCAGUGCUUUUGUAGCCUAUGGUGAAAAUGCAGAGGUUUCGGGCAAACCGGUUUAUGCCAAUUAUGGCCGUAAAGAAGAUUUCAAAGUACUUCUAGAGCAGAGUAUCGGUAUGAAUGGCACGGUGAUCGUUGUGCGAGCUGGGCGUAUUUCUUUUGCUGAGAAGGUGGCCAAUGCCAAGGUGCAAGGUGCUGUAGGAGUGUUAAUCUAUCCAGAUCCUGUUGACUACAAGGACCUUGGAGAAAAUAUCGCCCAGUUUGGACACGUUCAUCUUGGUACUGGUGACCCUUAUACUCCUGGAUUCCCUUCUUUCAACCACACUCAGUUCCCCCCCGUUCAGUCUUCGGCCCUUCCACGCAUCCCUGUCCAGAGUAUUUCAAGCUCAGCUGCCCGAAAAUUAUCAAGUGUUAUGAAUGGGUCGGACUGUCCAUCAACCUGGCAAAACACAGUCUUUCGCAAGUGUGCUACAUCUCCAGCCGGAACCAGCGUGAGGCUCAAAGUCGACAACCUCCUUGUGGAGAAGAAAAUCCUGAACAUUUUUGGUGUGGUGAAAGGUUUUGUGGAACCAGAUCGGUAUAUCGUGAUUGGAGCUCAGCGCGAUGCCUGGGUAACUGGAACAGUGAAGUCCGGAGUUGGUACAGCCCUGUUACUGGAGCUGGCCUACGUCCUCUCUGAGAUGGUGAAAACCGAUGGCUACAAACCCCACCGGAGCAUCGUCUUUGCCAGUUGGAGCGCUGGAGAAUUCGGAGCUGUUGGUGCCACAGAAUGGUUAGAGGGCUACGCUGCCUCACUGCACUUGAAAGCGUUUGCUUAUAUCAACCUGGAUGGAGCCGUUUCAGGAUCAAAGGAAUUCCGGUUCUCUUCCAGCCCCAUGUUGAAAAAGCUCCUGGAAGAAGCAGUCACAGAUGUCAAGCUGCUGUCAUUCAGUCUUCGUACCACUUUGGCAAGCAAAGAAGUUCCAUUUCAGGUAGAUGACACGGCCAGGACAUUCACCGCGUAUUCGGGAAUCCCAGCCAUCUCCUUCAGCUUCAACAACGGUGGAAGCUCCUACCCCUACCCCUAUUUCGGCACAUCACAGGACAAUCUGAACAACCUGCUCCACGCCUUUGGCAAUUCUCUCAGCCAGCUGGAGAACGCGAUGCGCACGGCUGCUGAAGUAGCCGGCCGGAUGGCCCUCAGGUUGACGCACGACCGCGAACUGUACCUGGACUACAAGAGCUACGACAGUCGCGUGCACGGCUUUGUGAUGGGCCUGCUCCCUUACCAGAGGGACAUGCGGAAAAAGGGUUUGGACCUUCAGUGGCUGCUUGGGGCCCGUGGAGAUUUUACUCGUGCGACAGCCAGUCUGAGCCUAGAUGUUAAAAACACUGAUCUUAACGACAAGGAUGCUUCCCGUGUCCUGAAUGACCGGCUUAUGAAAGUGGAGUACCAGUUUCUCUCCCCAUAUGUCUCCCCAAAGGAUACUCCCUUCCGGCAUAUCUUCUUGGGCUCCGGCUCUCACACCGUCCAGGCAUUGCUAGAACACGUCAGUCUUCUGAAGAGUGAUCCAAGUGCUUUUGAUGAAGUCCUGUUCAGGAAUCAGCUUGCUCUGUUGACUUGGACCAUCCAGGGAGCUGCAAAUGCCCUCGCUGGUGACAUCUGGAACAUAGAUAACGAAUUCUGAAAAGGCUAAUCCCUAACUUGAAGUACAGCAACAGAUCCCCUCUUCCCCCGACCAGUAGCACAGAACACCUUCCCCUUAGCUUUUCAGCAGAUUUUUUAGAGGCCCAGAAUUAAAUGAGUAAUUCAAAGUGUCCUGGGACAGAUUUAGGUGCAGAUAGAUUUCCCUGUCAAAUGUGCUAUCCUCCCUUAGCAGUCCGUAGGGGUUCUGUUUUUUUAGUAAGUGAAUCCUUGCCUCCAACUGGACAGAGCGCCGAAGCAGCCCACAUUCUGACUGGCAUUAAGCUCCCGAGAGGCAAAAGGCAUAAAUUGGUAUUGCCUGACUGCAUGGGAAGGCAGAAGUGGAGUUCCGAUCUCCCACACAUUAAAAAAGCCUUUUCACCAACCCGAGUCCCUUCAGCCCUGGAACGUGGAACCUUCUGCCUUCUGUCCAGUUCCCCUGUGGCUGCUUACUCAGGAAGGCCGAGCCCCAGAAAUAUCGUGAACGGGACCAUGACAGGUCCAGUGGCACGACUUAGAAAUUAACAAUGGAAGCUCUUUCGGGCAGAGCCAUGUUGUUUUGUCCCCUUGCUCUGAGGCCUAUCAGGAAAUGUGGAGUCUCUCUGCCGGUCUCACUGGGAGGGUGAGUUCACCUGGACUUGGUACUGAGGUAUUUAUUAGUUAUUUAUUUAUCAGUGACAGUGUUCACUAUAAAUGCUAUUUGUGUUCUACCGAAUAUAAUUAUCGGAAGCAGUGACUUCCAUAAUUAUGACAGUUAUACUGUCGUUUUUGAUAUAAAUAUAAAAGCAGCAUCUGCUAACCAUGAUUACUGGAGUUUUUGCCCUCAAGCCUUGAAUGGCCUGCAGGAGCAGCAGUGAACACCUGGAAAAUGGUCUAGAAAGGGAAGGCGGAUUUCCCUCCGCUGGAGUGUAGAGUUCACCUUGGGGGUCUGCAAUCUUUGUCCCUCGGUAGUGCGCUGUGGGAGGAGGAAGAAGCCCUCUCAACCUGGCAUCCUCCAGAUGUGCUGGACUGAGCCCCAGGAUUUGAACAACUGUGUCAGCUGUAAAUUCUGGGAACUGGCAUGCCUGGAGGAUGCCUGUUUCAUGCCCACAGAGGCCCUUGUUGGCUCUGGUCCCUCCGAAGAAGAGUGGCUUAGCUUGACAGACUCUGUGGGAUCUUGUCCGGUUUCCCUAGAGAUCUGCCUUUCCAGAUCAAGAGAAACGGGAGAAGUUGCCAGCGACAGCAGCCCCACUGUGUGGGCUUCGAAUCAGCCCCUGCCUUUCCAGGCUAGAGCUAAAGUGAGGGAGGUCGCUGCAGGCUCAUAUUCAGCUGGGCUUGCAUCGAAAUGGCAGCUAUUGCAGAAAACCUCCAGUCCUGCAAAAGUAUCGUGAGAACUUGAGUCCCAUUAUCGGGGGCAGAGUCUCCCAUAAUGUAAAAGAACAAGGUAGCUUUUGCCUACCAGAGUGUUAUAUCGGAGGCAGUGACCUCCAUGUUGCACUAAGGGUGUCUAAUUAUCGGGGACAGUGUUUCCCAUAAUUUUAUCUAAAUGCUCGUCAUGCAAGGAUACCUGCAGAGCAUGAUCGUUAGUAUCUAACAUGAAUUAUUUGAACUGCUACAAUUGUCUUUCUGUCUCUGAUGUCCCUUUGCGCUGGCUGCAAGAACCUGUUGGGCGGCCCUUGCCGUAAGAUGAUAGCUGACCCUGGCUUCGCUGGGUUGACAUCCAGAGGUAAGCCAGGUUUGUAAAGAGGCUCUGCUCACCCAAUAAGCGGCAGACGUCCACAGCUCAGUUGCUCUCGCUUAGCCCCUCUUCACCCAAAGGAAGCAGAAUGGCCACGUCUCCUCCCUCGACCGGGAAUUCUGAUUUGUUCUCCAAACAACUCGAGUUAGGCAGAAGCGAUUCCAGAGGACGCUGAAAUCUCUUCUGGCUUUGCCACAAGUGCAGAAAGGGCGAUUGUGCGUUCCUGAGGACAUGGAGACCAGUGGGCUUUCUCUGAAUCUUAGUAAAUGCCCUUUUUUUCUUUCUGUUUUGAAAAGAUUCUGAUGACUUCAGGAAAUGGAGUGGGUGAAUGUAUGUGCAAGAAUUGCUUAUGAUUAGAGAAAUAUUCUGGGUAAGUCAGAAACAUGCCAGCAAGAACCCAGAAAGGCAAUUCAAGGCAGUUACAGGUGCCCUACUUUUUCCAUGUCUCUGGCCUAAACAUUCGGUCCAAAGAACUGUAGAAACCACUUCCUUUUAAAGUGCCCUUGAACUGAAAUUACUUACCCUGGCUUUCCACAAUGCAUAGCUGUUUUCUUCUGUUUGCAUGGAAGGCAAAGCUGUAGAGAUUUCCAGGUAUGGAUGCUUAAUAUGUUGGUGGAAUCUUGGUGAGCUGGAAAGAUCACAACGCCCAACUUCAGGCUCUCUCUUUGUAUCAGUAAUUCAGUUUAAAUCAAAUGCUGUUACAUUUCAGACCUGUUAUUUGAGUGGAAUGUGUUUUCUUAGUAAACCCCAUGCGAGGUUUUCUCCUCUGUAUUUCAUAAGGUACGUGAAUGGUGUGUCUGGUGUGUGUUGUUUCCAUAGCACUGCAUGCAUCCUGAGUGUGUAAAAAAUUAGAUGUAGUUGUGAAAUACAUGGGCUGCAUCCACAUCCAAAGCCACGUGUCUGUGAAGUGUCUCUGUUCAUCCUGAUGAGCUACAACUUCCUCUAGAAUUGGAGAUCACCAUCUUGAUGCAAUCACUGUUUGAAAACUGCAAAACCUGACUGUCCUUGAUUAAAAAAAAAAAAAAACACCCAAAA